CUCGAUCAAUAUCUGAUCCAUCUCGACAUCCUUACCAAGAGCUGCAUCCGUUCCUCUCCACCAUGGACUUCAGAAGCCCCUUUACCUGGUACACCGUGCACCUCAUGUGCAUUCUGUCCCAUUCCGCUCUUUUCCUGGCCGGAUCCGCUGGAAUUGCCAUCGGAAUCGAAUAUGAUGUCGUGUUCUCAAGUGGCGUUGCUGGUCUAAUGGGAAUGUUUGCCACGAUUGUCAAUGGUAUUUACCUAGCAAUGUAUUCGCCACUUACAGAGCGCACCACCGCCACUACCGAUAAGGCUUUCGACGAGUCUACCGACGAGGCCACCGACGAGGCAACCGAAGAGGUCCCCGAUCAAGCCACGAUCGAGAUCCGCCGCUUCAAGAGCAAACUCGGGCUUGUUAUUUUUACUCUUUUCAACUGCAUUUUCACCAUCGGUUCUGAUUUCGCGUUUGCCGGAAUCACGGGCGUGCGAGCGCAUGAGCAAGAGAGCAUCACGCUUGUUGUACUGUGUGUAAUUGCAGUCAUAGCUGGGUAUGUUCUUCAAACACUACCGCGAAAAUUGUAUGCUGAUUUGAUAUGUUCUAGAAUCACCGUUCUUCUCGCCAAUACAGUAGAUGUACUCAGAAUUUAUUAUCUGUUUACGGAAAAAGAGCAAGAAUAUUUUGAGCUAAAAGAUAUGGAAGUGCAUGUGUAGGCUUUUAACUACAUGAGUUGUGUGAUGAUGAUGGUGUAUAAUAUUGUAUUUUCACAUGUCAAGAUAUCAAGAGCUUCAAAGCAUAGCUACAGUUUUCUUUUAUAUUUGCACAUUUUAC